AGGAAUCCACUGGCUGCGCAUGCCACCACCAGCCCACAGAAUUCACCCCGUCAAACAAAACAAAAGGACAAAAGUCAAAUCUGAAAAGCCGUUAAAACGCCAAACCACCAGCACAUCCGAUCAUCCGCAUCACUCGACCUGGACGUGCCCUCCUCUGAUCUUUCCCUCUUUCUUCAACACGUGGCCUUACCUCGCAACUCACGUGAGUGUCUCUCCUUUCGCACUUUCCCCAUCAAGGACUUCCAGUAGUUCUCUCUAUCCAUCAAGAUUCUCAAUCUCCUCGUCAACCUAUCUAAAGUCAAAUAUGGCUUCGUCGACUCUAAUCUGCGAUACAGAGGCCUGGAAGGACCUGAAGGGCCAUCUGGAAGAAAUCAAACACACCCAUUUACGCGAUCUCAUGGCUGAUACGAGCCGAUGCCAGUCAAUGAUGGUGGAGUUUGAUGGGAUGCUGUUAGAUUACUCACGGCAGCGUGCCACUCUUGCAACCAUGGAUAAGCUCUAUGUAUUAGCAGAGGCGGCACAUCUCAAACAAAAAAUUGGCAGCAUGUAUGCCGGGGAGCAUAUAAACAGCACAGAAAAUAGGUCAGUGCUUCAUGUUGCUCUCCGUGCUCCAAGGGAUGCCGUCAUAAACAGUGACGGGAAGAACGUUGUUCCAGAUGUUUGGAAUGUUCUGGACAAGAUCCGGGAAUUUUCUGAGAAAGUUCGCAGUGGUUCCUGGGUUGGAGCCACUGGAAAAGUUUUGAAGGAUGUAAUUGCAAUUGGUAUUGGUGGCAGUUUCUUAGGUCCCCUAUUUGUACAUACCGCUCUUCAAACAGAUCCUGAGGCUAGUGAAUGUGCUAAAGGGCGCCAGCUACGCUUUCUUGCAAAUGUUGAUCCAAUUGAUGUGGCUAGAAAUAUCACUGGACUCAAUCCCGAAACUACCCUAGUUGUGGUGGUUUCAAAAACUUUUACAACGGCUGAGACCAUGCUGAAUGCCCGGACAGUGAGAGCAUGGAUCACUUCUGCUCUCGGGCCUUCUGCAGUUGCAAAGCACAUGGUGGCAGUCAGUACUAAUCUUGCGCUUGUAGAAAAGUUCGGCAUUGAUCCUAAUAAUGCAUUUGCAUUUUGGGACUGGGUUGGUGGACGGUAUAGUGUUUGCAGUGCUGUUGGGGUGUUGCCAUUGUCUCUCCAAUAUGGAUUCUCAGUAGUUGAGAAAUUCUUAAAGGGAGCUUCAAGCAUCGAUCAGCAUUUCAUUUCAGCACCUUUUGACAAAAAUAUACCUGUUCUUUUGGGUUUGUUGAGUGUGUGGAAUGUCUCAUUUUUCGGAUAUCCAGCACGAGCAAUCUUACCCUAUUCCCAAGCUCUGGAGAAAUUUGCCCCACACAUUCAACAGGUUAGCAUGGAGAGUAAUGGUAAGGGGGUUUCAAUUGAUGGCGUUCCACUCCCCUAUGAGUCUGGAGAAAUUGACUUUGGUGAACCUGGAACAAAUGGUCAACACAGCUUUUAUCAAUUAAUUCACCAGGGACGUGUCAUUCCUUGUGACUUCAUUGGCGUUGUGAAGAGUCAGCAACCUGUUUACCUAGAAGGUGAAGUGGUAAAUAACCAUGAUGAGCUAAUGUCCAACUUUUUCGCACAGCCAGAUGCUCUUGCAUAUGGAAAGACAUCGCUGGAACUGCAAAAGGAAAAUGUUCCACAACAUCUUAUUCCUCACAAGACAUUCUCUGGGAACCGACCUUCUCUUAGCCUCCUGCUUCCAUCAUUGAAUGUUUACAAUAUUGGACAGUUGUUGGCAAUCUACGAGCACAGAAUUGCAGUAGAAGGUUUUAUAUGGGGCAUCAAUUCAUUUGACCAGUGGGGAGUUGAGCUAGGAAAGGUGCUGGCUACUCAAGUCAGAAAGCAACUUCAUACAUCUCGUAAGAAAGGAGAUUCAGUUGAGGGCUUCAACUUCAGCACGGCAACAUUGUUGAAGAGAUACUUGGAGGCAAGUUCAGAUGUCCCAGCUGAUCCUCCCACAGUUCUACCCCAGAUAUGAGUGACUUGAAUUGUGCAAUUUUGGCUUCCUUGAGCAAUAAAGUAGUGGUUCCAUCUCAUGUAACAGCUUUGUUGAAAUUAUGGUGGACUCUAAUAUUUAAUAAAGACUCCUAUAUGGGCGGCUACUGUAACAAAUUUUUCAACAAAUAACUUUGAAUUAACAAUUAUUUAUGAGCUUAAGUAA